UUGUUUACUCGUGAGUCAAAAGUCUGCUUGCAUUGUUCUGCGAAAUAGGUAAAGAAUAUAUACUUUUUAGUACUGCGCGUAUGCUAUCGCUAACGAGGCAGGCCAGAUUCCUAACUCGACUCGUCAGCAUAAUAUGGCCAGCAAACGGAUGCACCACGAAGACAACAAGUUGGACACCUUCCGGCGGAUCUGUGAUGAAAUAGCCGGCGAGCCGAGUUACUUGAAGAAGGUGGAGAAACUGCAGCGGUUUUUCGCUAAAGGCACCAGUGGUCAGGGCUUCGAGGGCGACACCCUGCUCUGGGUGCAGUUCCUCAUCCCGGCGGCCAACCAGCGGGUCUACAAUCUGCAGAACAAGGCGCUGAUCAAACUCUUCUCGCGCAUUUUCAACGCCAACCAGCAGCAAAUGCAUCUGGAUUUGGAACAGGAUGGAGAUGUUUCUGAAACACUGCGUAAGCACUUCGCUGCCUCCAGGAAACUAAAGCCCCAGGCGCAAAGCAAACUCUAUCUGGAGGAGGUAGAGGAGCUGCUCAAGAAGCUGGAAGAGCGCACCAAGGAGGAUGAGCAGACCGAACUGCUGCAGGAGCUGUGCAGGAAAGCCACCGACCUGGAUCUGCGCACCUUCAUCCGCCUAAUUAAGCACGAUUUGCGUAUCAAUGCACGUGCCAGACACAUUCUGGAUGCCUUUGGGCCUGAGGCCUACCCCGCAUAUCAGUCUUCCCGGGAUUUGGAGGCAAUUGUGCAACAGUUCGCUGGCAAGGAAAAUAAAAAGGCUGUUAACAGCCCGAUUAAGAAGGCCAAGAAAGCAAACCCUAGAAUUCAGGUGAUGACGCCCAUAUCACCUAUGUUGGCCAGUGCCUGCAAGUCGGUGGAGGAAGCCUUCAAGAAGAGCCCCGCCGGAUUGUAUAGUGAAAUCAAGUACGACGGAGAGAGGGUCCAAAUCCACAAGCAGGGCGAGGACUUUAAGUUCUUCAGCCGCAAUCUAAAACCCGUAGUGGAUCACAAAAUAAGAGCUCUAAAGGAACACAUACCGCGUGCCUUUCCGGGAGCCGGGGAAAUGAUUCUGGACUCAGAGAUCAUUCUGGUCGACACUGAUACGGGCGCACUGCUGCCCUUUGGCUCGUUGGGCGCCCACAAGAAACAGACUUUUGCCAACGCAGCAGUGUGCCUAUUCGUUUUUGACUGCAUACUGUACGAUGGCGAGGAUUGACCCAGCUGUAAGUGGUAAGGCUUUCGGGAAAAUAGCUUUUAAUAAUAAACCUAUUCUUCUAGACCAUUCCGCAAGCGACGGGAGAUCCUCGAACAGAAUAUUCAACAUAAAUCCCACGUACAGCUAUCGGAUCGGAAUUCCUUAAGACAAAAGGGAAUGGCCAUAAUGACGGCCAAGGUGUUGCAUGCUAAUUUGGAGGGAGUGGCUAAGAGUCCAACCAGCACCUACCAGCCCGGCAAGCGAAACUGGUUAAAGGUCAAGAAGGAUUACCUUUUUGAUGGCAAGAUGGCUGACACGGCGGACUUGGUUGUCCUGGGUGCCUGGUAUGGAUCAGGGAAGAAAGGUGGUGUGCUGAGCAUUUUUCUCAUGGGUUGCUACGACACAUUUGGUCGUUUGUGGAAGACUGUGACGAAAGUUCACUCUGGCCUGGACGAUGCCACCAACGCGGAGGUACACGAAUCCCUUAUCAAGCUAACCGAACGAGCCGAUGCCAACGCAACGCCCGAUUGGCUGCUGUGCAGCAAGUCUUUGGUGCCAGAUGUCCUGGCCAAGGAUCCCCUAAAAAUGCCAGUAUGGGAGAUUACGGGCGCAGAGUUCACCAAGUCCGAAGCGCAUACGGCGUCUGGCAUCUCGAUUCGGUUCCCCAGGAUAACCCGUCGGCGCAGCGAUAAAUCGGCAAAGGAGGCAAAUGAUCUGGCCCAUUUGGAUCUUUAUGAUGCCUCUAAGAAGAAUGUGAACGUGGAUCUUCUAUUGGCCAAUUGCGGAAGGACGACAAAAAUGCAAGGCAAUCAAACUAGUACCACUAAAAAACUUAAAAGAUCCAUAACUGGUUCGGAUGAUGAGGAAGCAGCUGCAACGGUAAGCAAACGCAAGGAUGCGAAAGUGGUACGAAGCUUGUCGCCAUCAAAGGGAAUGAAGGACUUUUUUAAGCCCACUAAGGAGGUCCAAUCUACAGUUAAAAAUGAACCAAAGAAAGAUAAAAAAAUUCCUGAUGCAAAGGGCAAGUUAUUCGCUGGCUUGGUGGAUUUUGCAAUGGAAAAAGAUUCAAGCAAGCUGAAGGAACAAUUUUCACAGCAUGGCGGAUCUUGUACAACGGAACCACGGAAAGCGAAUCUGGUAUUUUACAAUACAACCGAGGCAAUGAACCUGGAAAAGCUUAGACCGCUCUAUCGACGCAGCUGCCGGCACUUGAAUGUUAGCUGGCUCCAAACCUCUCUCGAGACCCAGAGUCGUCAGCCUUACCCACUAUAUGCGGUGAUGUUAGAACGCUGAGUGCUGUUGAAAUCGUUUUUACUUAUAAAUACAUGCUUGAUUAAACCGAAUAUAUGUAUAUUAUAGACAAGUAUUUUAUCAAA